AUGGGAUAAUGUAAAUGUUUAGAAUCACCAAAAUAAUUAACAAUUGAAGGAAACCCUAUUUACGAUUCUGUAAAUCAAGAAUAAGAUUAUCAAAUAUAAAGAAUAUUACAGCCUCUAAAAUUAUAUGAAACGUUACCAUUACCUUCUUAUUAUUCUUAAGUAGCAGAAACCUAUGAAGAUUUUUCACCAGAUAAAAAUAUUCCUGAAGAUCCAGUUUGCACAAAUUUUGUUGCUCCAAAUGUAUAAAUCAAUUAGAUUCCUGAAACAGCAUUUUGCUAAAAUUAUCCAAAGUCUGAAAAAGCAUUUAAAUAUGAAGGUUUCAUAUAUUAAGGUUAAUGGAAGAAAUUUGAACCUUAUGGCUUUGGUAUUUUUGUUUAUAAUGAUGGAGCAAUAUAUGUUGGUUAUAGUGUAAAUCUAAAUCCUCAUAUUUAUGGAAAAAAAAUAUAUCCAGAUGGUUCAGAAUACGAAGGAGAAUAUUUAUGUGGUUCUCAUCAUGGUCAAGGUAUAUUGAAGAAUAAAGAAAUGAGUUUUGAAGGAAUUUGGAGUUAAAAUACACCAGUUAAAGGAAAAGAAUUAUGGAAAGAUGGUACCACCUUUGAAGGAGAAUAUAAAGAAGGUAAGAAAAAUGGGUUUGGUAUUAUGAAGUGGAAAAAUGGUAAUUAAUAUGAAGGUUUAUUUUAAAAUGAUCAAUUUCAUGGUUACGGUGUGUAUACUUUUGCAGAUGGAUAUAAAUAUGAAGGUGAGUGGAUGAAUUCUUAAAUGCAUGGAAAAGGCAAAUUGAUAUAUCCUAAUUCAAGCUAUUUUGAAGGUGAGUUCAUUAAUGAUAAAUAAGUUAAUGGUUUUUAAUAUUCUUUAAAUGGAUUAAACUAAAAAGUUUCCUAAUUCAGCCCUAAUUCAACAAUCAGUGAAAGAAGUUAUCUUAAAAUUGAUAGGCCUAGCAUUAAAACAUCAUAUAUUGAAUUUAAGAGUGUAUAUGGUUGA